CGGGCUCGCCCCCGCCGCUGCGGGCAGGCGCGCCUAUGGCGUUUCGGAGGUGACGCGGCCCACACCGACUUUCUCCCGGGGCGGAGGAAACACCUAUGAACCCUACGGCGACCUUCCUCGCCGGGCGCCAGAACAUCGGGUCAGAAGCUGAGAUUUCCACAAUCGAGAAACAACGGAAGGAGCUGCAGCUGCUCAUUGGAGAAUUAAAAGAUCGUGAUAAAGAACUAAAUGAUAUGGUUGCAGUGCAUCAAAGACAACUUCUUUCAUGGGAAGAGGAUAGGCAGAAAGUGUUGACUUUGGAAGAACGUUGCAGCAAAUUAGAAGGUGAACUACAUAAAAGAUCUGAAAUAAUCAGGUCACUCACGAAGAAGGUAAAAAUUCUUGAAUCCAAUCAAAUUGAAUGCCAGACAGCUCUUCAGAAGACUCAAUUACAGCUUCAGGAAAUGGCUCAAAAGGCAACUCAUUCUUCUCUCCUCUCUGAAGACCUUGAGGCUAGAAACGAAAAUCUCAGCAACACAUUAGUGGAACUUUCUGCUCAGGUAGGACAAUUACAAGCUCGAGAACAGGCUCUCACUACAAUGAUAAAGCUAAAGGACAAAGAUAUUAUUGAGGCAGUCAAUCACAUUGCAGACUGUUCAGGUAAAUUUAAACUGUUAGAGCAUGCUUUACGUGAUGCUAAGAUGGCGGAGACUUGUAUUGUGAAAGAAAAGCAAGAUUAUAAGCAGAAAUUGAAGGCACUUAAGAUUGAAGUCAAUAAAUUAAAAGAGGACAUAAAUGAAAAGACUACAGAAAAUAAUGAACAACGAGAAGAGAUCAUUCGCCUGAAGCAAGAGAAAAGUUGCCUACAUGAUGAACUGGUUUUUACAGUAGAGAGAGAAAAGAGGAAAGAUGAGUUACUUGAUAUAGCAAAGUCAAAGCAAGAACGUACAAAUUCAGAACUGCAUAAUCUGAGACAGAUUUAUGUAAAACAACAGAAUGAUCUGCAGUUUCUUAAUUUCAAUGUGGAAAAUUCUCAGGAAUUCAUACAGAUGUAUGACUCAAAGAUGGAAGAAUCAAAGGCACUGGAAUCCAGCAGAGACAUGUGUUUAUCAGACCUUGAAAGUAACCACCCAAGAGUCAAUGUUAAGAGGGAGAAAAAUCAGAAGUCACCGGUGAAGGACCAAAAAUUUGAGGCCAUGUUUGAACAGCUAAAUAGGUCAGACACAAGUUCUUGUGAUGUAUGCAAAGAGAAGAAACUGCAGAUUAAUACUGCAUUUGUAUUUACAAAAGACUUAAUGGAAAAACAAAAGUCUUGGUCUGUGGGAGGAAAAAUCCAGAAUGAGCCUGAAAACAAAGUUACAUUGUGCAAAAUCCAUGCAAAAUCACCAAAAGGUAGUGGAAUUGGGAUUCAGAACGAAGUGAAACAGCUCUCAGAAACUUCUUUAUCUCAUGAAAAGCAGUGGCAUGAUGUCAAUGUUUACUUGGGUCUGGCCAACUGUUCUGGUUCAAAACAACCAGAAAAGAUGGAUGUGGAAUGUCAAGAUCAAAUGGAAAGGUCAGAAAUCUCAUGUGGCCAGAAAAAUGAAGCCUCUCCAGGUGGAAGUGACAUGUGUGAAUCCAAAUGCUGCCACCCAAGUAACUUUAUAAUUGAAGCCCCAGGCCACAUGUCUGAUGUAGAAUGGAUGAGUAUUUUUAUGCCUUCCAAAAUGCAAAGAAUUGUCCGCCACAAAUCUGUGUGCACUUGUUUAGAAGGCGUCAGUGGGACAAAAUAUAACUCCUCAACGAGUGAAUUAAUUGCCAUCCAGCAUUCCCACUGUUUGGAUUCUUCAAAAUCUACCUUAAAAGAGGAUGAGACAGGGCCCUCUUCUGAUAAAAAGAAUUCAUCUAAGAGUUUGUUAAUCAACAAAGAUGCAGCAUUGUGCAAAGGAAAGGCUAAAAUUAUGCUGUCUUCCCAGGAUGAUUUUUCGCCCACAAGUAAGCUGCAGCGUCUGCUGGCAGAAUCUCGGCAGAUGGUGACCGACCUGGAGCUGAGCACUCUGCUGCCCAUCACCUGCGAGAACCUCCACAGCAGUGCCAAAGAUGUACAGAACUUAGACGUCUCAGAAGAGUCAGCUCAAAAAAAUACCUUUGUGAGUUAUUGAAGAAAGCAAAAGUCAACUUUGAUGUUCACUGUGAUCAUGGAAGCAGAUUUCUCAUCUUUGUGAAAGGCAGAAAGCAGACAUCAAUACUUAACCUUAAAAUGAAAAGAGGAUUGUAAUCCUUCAUGAGCAACAUUUAAUACCAAAGGGGAGCAGAAUCUGAAAGUUAAUUGUUUAAACAUCUAUAUUUUGUUUAUUUUCAAAUUAACCUUUUUCGGGUGUAAGGAAUAUUUUUAUGUGUAAGAAAUUAGACCUUAUUGUGUAUAUAUAAACUUGGAUUUAUGCUAAAAAAAAAAAAAAAAGACUUCUCUAAAAGAUAUAAACUACACUUAAAAAUUAGAGAAGCUCAAGGGACGGAGGAGAAGAAAAAAAAUUAGAGAAGCUAAUUUUUAAUUAAUUUUAAUUUUUAAAGUGUGGACAUCAAACAGAGAACCCCUGCAGAUAAAAUACUAUUUUAACUGUCUGAUUUUUAAAAAACCUGUGCAUACUUUCAAAUGAUAACCAAUAGCUUAUCAGAGUCAGCUCCAAAUAUAUGAGAAAUAGUAUUCUCUUCUCUUGUGGUCUUAGCUCUGGACUUUGCUGUAUAAAUAGACAUAAAAUGAUAUGAUAUAAAAUGUUUUUAACUGGAAGAUAUCUCCUUGGUUACUGACAAUUGAGGUCCUUCUGUCCCAAGCUGAGCAGAGCCCUAUCUUAUUUGUGUCUAUAGUAGUCCCAUCUACUCACACAAACAAAAGCUUGCUGGAAGAUGAAGUAUUAUAUGCAUUUUUUAUAUUAUUAUUAAAGA